AUGCACCAAAUACAGCAGACCAGGAAAGACCAGAUAAGCAGCAGCAGCAGCAGCAGCACAAUAGAAAAACUAAAGAACGAACACCAUCAGCAGAGAGCAGGCAAAGACCAAAGAAAUUACUUACCACUUAUCACCACCACAGAUAGACCAGAGCAUAAGCAAUUAUCAGAGAUAGACGAGAGAACGAGCAUACAUCAUAGAUGGCAGACCAGAAAAGACCAGACUAGCAGCAGCAGCAAUACCAGCAGCAAGACCAUCAGCAAACACCGUCAGCAACACCGUCAGCAAGACCAUCAACAAUAUCAUAAAAACCCAAAGAACGAGCGACACCAGAGACCAGGCAAAGACUAA